GAGUCAUUUCAUUAUUAGUUGUAAACAGCGCCUACUUGCUAUGGCUGAAUGCCGACUGGCAUAUCUUCGCGAAUGAAAAUUACGCAUUUUACCAACCCAUGUGAUUAGCUACAGUAAUGGCCGUCACUGUGUACAGCUGUUUUAGGCGGUAGGAUAAGAGUUUGACAGCUGUGUGUCACUUUAUUCUAGACUUCAUUUAGAGUGCAUGUGUAAUGAAAGGUCUGUAGAUCACGAGACUAAACUAACCUCAAUGUCUGGGGAGUUCACUCAUCUGAAAGGACAACUGAUAACAGAAGAUAAGUCACGAGCUAGUUCGGUUGCAUCUCUUUCAUCCGACGAAGUAACUGUUUUGCCCGAGGUUUGCUUUGCUCCGGGUUCCAAUAACGGAGGCACCAUAGAUUCCCCAAGGGUAAACAGAGAGAACCAACCGCUUUUGGGGCGGAUGGAAUCUGAUGUGACAUUUAAUUGCUUUCCAGAUGACCCCCAAUUCUCGGAGCUUGUUAGGCAGGCAGAAAUUGCUAUCGACAAUGGGAUUCUACCAGAAAGAAUUUACCAGGGUUCCAGUGGCAGCUAUUUUGUCAAGAAUCCAAGUGGGAAGGUGAUCGCGGUGUUCAAGCCGCGGGACGAGGAGCCGUACGGCCGGCUGAACCCCAAGUGGACCAAGUGGAUGCACAAGCUGUGCUGCCCCUGCUGCUUCGGCCGGUCGUGCCUCAUCCCGAACCAGGGCUACCUGUCCGAGUCGGGGGCCAGCGUCGUGGACCAGAAGCUGCAGCUCAAGGUCGUGCCCAAGACCAAGGUGGUGAAACUGGUGAGCGAGACAUUCAACUACCCACGCAUCGACCGGCAGAAGUCGCGUGUGAAGCGAGUCAUCACAGAACACUUCCCCAACGUAGGGCGCCACUUCAACAGGAUCAGCUUGCCACCCAAGGAGGGAUCGUUCCAGAUGUUUGUGGACGGCUACAAGGACGCGGACUAUUGGCUGCGGAGGUUCGAGGUGGACCCGCUUUCCCCCAAGGUCCAGCACGACUUCCAGUUGAAGUUCGAGCGCUUGGUGGUGCUGGACUACAUCAUCCGCAACACCGACCGCGGCAACGACAACUGGCUCAUCAAGUACGAGCAGCCCAACGUCGAUGUGAUAGGCAGCUCGGUGAACGGGGAGCUGGAAGACGCGACGGAGUGGAACAUGGUGCAGAUGCCGCAGAUUGAUAUAGCGGCAAUCGACAACGGCCUGGCGUUCCCCUUCAAGCACCCGGACAGCUGGCGAGCCUACCCCUACCACUGGGCAUGGCUGUCGCAGGCGAAGGUGCCCUUCAGCCCGGAGAUACGGGAGCUCGUGCUCCCGCAGCUGUCGGACAUGAACUUCGUGCAGGACCUGUGCGACGAUCUCUACCUCCUGUUCAAGCAAGACAAGGGUUUCGACCGACACCUGUUCGAGAAACAGAUGAGUGUGAUGCGAGGUCAAAUCUUGAACCUCACGCAGGCCUUGAAGGAUGGGAAGAGCCCCGUCCAGCUGGUGCAGAUGCCUGCCGUUAUUGUAGAGAGAUCCAAGGGACACGUUGGUACCACGUCACGAUUCCGCUCUUUCAGCGACACUUUCACCCAACGUUUCCAGAACAAGAGCCCGUUCUUCUCGUGGUGUUGAUGGCUCUUGCUGUGGUCCGUGUCAAUGAACGUUCGUGGCACACCUUGCCACCGUGACUUUCCCGUUCUUCGUUGGCUUGCGUGCAAGUGCAAGUCAAAGCUGUGUCGUCUGCUGUCGCGAGUAAAGUUUGGUACUGUUGCAUGAGAGGUUCCGUCUCCAUUGCUGGUAAUCGUGGCAUGUGCUUACAUGAUUGGGUAAGGGGGAGAAGUUCAGCUGGUUGGUCCUAGGAUGCUUUAUACACUACAUAAUUUAAAGAUUUAAGUGCAAUGUCUUUUAUAGCUCUUGGUAUUGGAAAAAAUAAUUGUUUAUACACAUUUUGUCAAAGUGUUUUCAACUUACGUUCUCAGGUAGUGUGUUAUCUUAGUUACAAGUAAUAAAUAGUUGAAUAGUAGGUAAAGCACCCAGGCUAAAAUUAUUUCAAUGUCUUAAGUAAGGCAUGUUCUUGAUAAAAUUAUGUUCAGAAAGUUUUUUAUUGUUUUGUUUUUAUUUGUUAUUAAGAAUAAUUGUAAUAAAAUAUUUCUAUUUAGUUUGGAAUCUGUUGGGAUCAAUGGAUUGAAACUGAAAAUUGUAUAGCUAAAGGCAUUAUUAUUAAAAUUAUUAAUUUUUUUAUUAAAAAAUAUUUCAUAAUAUUACUAUGUAUGUAAAUGUGUUUUGAUGAAUGACCCAGAGAAGCAUAUUUAUCAUUGUGAUUUUCAUAGUUAAUAUUAAAGAUAUAAUAUAUAGUCAUGAUAUUGCUUAUAAGUUAAAAGGAAAGUAAUUCCAUAUGUAUUUGUGUCUUGUAUUACUUUUCUUUGUGAAAUCUGUAAUUGUGGUCUAGAUUUUUUGUUUUUUCUGCAUUGUGUACAGGUUUAUAUUUCAUUGUUUUGGGAACACACAUUAGACAACUUACAUUUUGGAACCAGAUGCCGAAUCUGUUUAGCUCCUGUCAGCUUCUUUAUGUAUUUUUUUUGUUACCAUAAAAAAAAAUUGUGAUGGUAUUAUGUUUAUGAAGUAGGUAAUAAAGUAAUAUAUUUUUGUACCUUCACUUGCUUUAACAAGAGUAUUCUCAUGCUGAAAAUCAUAGUGCUAGGUGAAGCUUGAAAUUUCAGAAAUGAACUAACUGAACAUGUGAGUUGGUUUGGUUCAAAGUGUCAUGUCAAUAAGUUUGAAAAAUUGAAUGUUAGUUGGCAAAUUUUUUUUGCCUUGAACUCUAAUUAGUAGGCUUGUUCAGUUCCUCUAUCUCUUGGUUUCUUGAAUUGUAAGCAAAAAUAUAUAAAUGAGUGCCGAUAGGCUGAACUGGAAAAUAUGAAUGUAUCUUCGCCAUCAAGAUCUGGAAGCCAUAUAGUUCAUGGUUUGAAUUUAGCCCAAAGUUUUAGGCUAGUGAAAAAGUGUUUUCUUCUUUUUUUUGUUGUUGAAUUACAAUUUCCAAUUGCCAUUUGUUGACUCAGGAGAAAUGACAAAACUCCAUCCAUAUUUUUAUUUUAGUUUAUCAAUUAGGAAUUUUUUUAUAUAAUAACCAAAACAGAGGUUUUUGAUAAAAAAAAAACUGAACCGAAUACUUACUGUUUGCAAAAAUUGAGGAAUAUUUUAGCAAGGUUUGUUCAGAGUACAAACCAAAAAAAUUUGUCCUUGGUUCAGUUUGUUUUGAAGCUAAAAAAAAACCAAGGUUCGCCCAGCUCUGGAGAAUCGUACAUGAAACAAUGGAAGUUGGGUCUUCUGUGUCAACUUCUUAUGUGACAGUUAACUAACGGCUAGUAUUUUCUUAUUCCUAUUGGAUUUAGAGUAGUAAAGGAAAUAUGUUUACAGUGCUUUGCCAAGUGUUUGAAAUUAAUUUUCAAGAAAACAACAGUUUUCAUUGUACUUUGAUUUUGAAAUAACUGCACAUGAUGUAUUUUAAUAUUUUUUGUUAAUUGUUUUUGGUGCUUUUUUUUCCCCUUCAAAAUAUGAACUUUUUAGCUGCGAGAAAUUUUUUUUUAACCAAUAUUCAAUCUAAUUGAUAUCUCCGUGCUUACCAAGCUGUUAAAUCAUUUAAUAAGCAUGAUAUUAACCAUAUGUUUAUAGACCACGAGUACAGAUCAAAAUAAUUUAAUCUUGUUAAGUAGGAAACCUAUUUAGAGUGUUUCAUAAAAUUGUUAUAUUAAUAUUGGUUGUAACAGAGCUAUGAUACAUGAAUACAUUCCCAGCAUAUGUAGGCAAAUGAAUUACUUAUUUUAUGUAUAAUACCAGAAAACAUAAACAUUGAAUUUUUUUUUAUUGCAUAUAAUUACCCACUACUAUAUAUUAUGAAUGGCUGUUAACAUUAAGGUGUUAAUUAAUUUCAUCUUACUCAAAAUCCCAAUGUAAAUUAAAAAGGUACAUUAAAAGCCAUUUUUCAUGAUUAA